UUUCACUCAUACAUUCAACUCUGCUUCUCAAAGCUCGCCGCCGGCGAUUUCCGCCUGAAACCGUUUCUUUGCUUUUCUUAGGUGUUAUUAUAGAGACAUUCUAUGCCUCAUUGAUCCAGCAAAACUGGGGGUCGUUUUUGGUUUUAUUCUCAAAAAUUAUAAGGAAACUAGGAGCAAACACAAUGGGACUUCUCAGCCUUAUUCGAAAGAUCAAGCGAAAAGAAAAGGAAAUGCGCAUCCUUAUGGUGGGUCUUGACAACUCUGGUAAAACAACGAUAGUUUUGAAAAUAAAUGGGGAAGACACAAGUGUCAUCAGUCCGACUCUUGGCUUCAACAUCAAAACUAUCACGUAUCAGAAGUAUACCCUCAAUAUUUGGGAUGUCGGGGGUCAGAAAACGAUACGUUCUUAUUGGAGAAACUACUUUGAGCAAACUGAUGGCUUGGUGUGGGUUGUGGAUAGUUCUGAUCUGAGAAGGCUAGAUGACUGCAGAUACGAGCUACAUAAUCUUCUGAAAGAAGAGAGGCUAUCAGGAGCAUCGUUAUUGAUAUUUGCAAAUAAGCAGGACAUACAAGGCGGUCUUUCUCCGGAUGAAAUAGCAAAAGUGCUUAACCUGGAGGCCAUGGAUAAUAGCCGGCACUGGAGAAUCGUGGGAUGUAGUGCAUACACCGGAGACGGGCUACUUGACGGAUUUGAUUGGCUGGUACAAGACAUUGCAUCACGGAUCUAUAUGCUUGAUUGAGUAAAGUUUACAUUAAGAUUUUGAUUCAUUCAAGAUAACCUUUCUAAACACCUUUUUAUGUACCAUUUGGAAUACAUUUGUGGAUAUAAAGAUCAAAUUUCUGUACGAGGGCA